ACACACUCACACUCACACACACACACACACACACACACACAGUGACACACACAUAAACACACAGUGACUGCCUUUGCCAGAGCUUGCCUGCGCUCUCAGCUCAAGCCCUCUUAAAGCUGUUUUUCUGCUGGAGAUCAGCGAGAGCUAACGACACACAGCUGCCUCUGCAGAAGGACAAGAGGAGAAGAGAGGGAGGAGGAGGAGAAGAAGAGGAGCAGGAGGGAGGAGAGGACGAGCUCAAGGGGGAAAACAAAACCACCACCAGCCUCUUAACUUCUGUCUCUCUGUGGCCGGUGCAGUCAUUCUUCAGCAGGGAGUGUUUUCUGCUAUAGUUCAGGACUUUUUGUUUUAGUUUUUUUUAUUUUUAUAGAGGGGAGUGGAAAAGAAGAGAGGUUGGAGUUCACAUGACAUAAUCGGAGUGAAUGGGUUGCCAUGGUGACUCACCCAGGGAGCCUGACCCGUGCAGAGUGAAUGGAGGGAGCGCCUUGGACGCCAAGUGAACGAUAAACUAACAGAGGGGAGUCACCAGAGACAGAGAGAGAGAGAGAGAGGAGAAGAGAGAGGAGGAGGAGGAGGAUAACAGAGGGAGCAGAGAGGAGCGGAGCAGAGGUUGAGAAUGGAGGACGGGUUUUCCAGCUACAGCAGCUUGUAUGACACCUCAUCACUGCUACAGUUCUGCAACGAUGACAGUGCGUCAGCAGCCAGCAGUAUGGAGGUGACUGACCGCAUUGCCUCCCUGGAGCAGAGGGUCCAGAUGCAGGAGGAUGAGAUCCAGCUUCUGAAGUCCGCUCUGGCCGACGUGGUGCGCCGGCUGAACGUGUCUGAGGAGCAACAGGCCAUGGGGUCACGCAGAGGACCCACCAAAGAACCUGCUAUGAUGAAAAAGUCUCCCUCAGCAGACAGCAGUGUUGGGAAGCCAGCCAGGCCAAUGAUCGCCACCCUGCCGUUACGGCCCACAGUAAACAACGGGACCAUCCUACCAAAGAAAGGCAGCGGGACUCUGCCCUCCCCAUCUGGAUCUGGAUCCAGGAAGGACACCAGCACACCAGCCAACAAGAGUUUGUCUUCUCUGCCUCGCCCUUCUAGAUUUCUCUACCUGCCCCUCAGCACUGUGAGGAGAGCCAACUCAAAUGAGCAUGUGGGAACUUUGACACGGAAAGAUUCGAGCGACUCCAAGGGCAACCGAACUCGCGCCGGAUCCACCGGCAGCAAUUCCAGCGGAAAAAGAAGUGACAGCAAACAGAGGGACCCAGUGUUCAAUGCAGGGACGCGACGUGUGACCCACUGCAAAGAGGAAGGUUAUGUGAAAAUGUACUUGAAGGGUCGCCCCAUCACCAUGUUCAUGCCCAAAGAGCAGGUGGACAGCUACUGCCUGGAGGCCAAAGCAGACCUGCCCAGCAACAAACUCAAGCUGGACUGGGUUUACGGUUACCGUGGCCGAGACUGUCGCUCCAACCUUUACCUGUUGCCCACUGGAGAAACGGUGUAUUUCAUCGCCUCGGUGGUCGUCCUGUUCAACGUGGAUGAGCAGCUGCAGAGACAUUACACUGGACACACAGAUGACAUCAAAUGCUUGGCCGUCCACCCCGAUAAAAUCACCAUAGCAACCGGGCAGGUGGCGGGCACCUCUUCAGAUGGGAAACAGCUGGCUCCUCAUGUCCGUGUGUGGGACUCUGUCAGCCUCAACACACUCCACGUUCUUGGCACAGGCUUCUUUGACCGAGCCUUGGUCUGCUUGGCUUUCUCCAAGUCGAAUGGAGGAAACACAUUGUGUGUUGUAGAUGACUCCAAUGACCACGUCCUCUCCGUCUGGGACUGGCAGAGAGAGGACAGACUGGCUGAGGUCAAGUGCUCCAACGAGUCGGUGUUUGCUGCAGACUUUCACCCGACAGACUGCAACAUCAUCGUGACCUGCGGCAAGUCCCAUCUCUAUUUCUGGAACCUGGAGAAAGGCGUGCUGGUCAAGAAGCAAGGAUUGUUUGAGAAACAGGAGAAGCCCAAGUUUGUGUUGUGUGUGACAUUUGCAGAAAAUGGCGACGCCAUCACAGGAGACUCGAGCGGGAACAUCCUGGUGUGGGGAAAAGGCACUAAUCGUAUCAGCAACGUCAUCCAAGGAGCUCACGAGGGCAGCAUCUUUGCUCUGUCAAUGCUGAGGAACGGCACGCUGGUGUCUGGAGGAAAAGACCGCAGGCUUGUCUCCUGGGACAGCAGCUACCAGCAGAUACAAGCAGUGGAGGUGCCUGAGUUGUUUGGUCCCAUCCGGACCAUAGCAGAGGGCAGAGGGGAGACCGUGCUUAUCGGGACCACCAAGCACUUUGUUUUACAAGGCAGUUUGGAUGGAGAAUUCACGCCUAUUACACAGGGUCACACUGAUGAGUUGUGGGGUCUGGCUGUCCACCCCUGGAAGCCUCAGUUCCUCACCUGUGGCUAUGACAGACAGGUCUGCCUGUGGGACUCCAGUUCCCAUCAGCUUAUCUGGACCAAGACUAUGGAUGAUGCUGCCCAAUCAGCAGGCUUCCACCCGUCUGGAGCUGUGGUUUCCAUAGGAACCCAGACUGGCAGGUGGCUGGUGCUGGACACCGACUCCAAGGAUCUUGUCACAGUACACACAGAUGGGAAUGAACAGCUGUCUGUGAUGAGCUAUGGGCCAGAUGGCAACUUCCUGGCCAUCGGUUCCCACGACAACUACAUCUAUAUCUACGCUGUGGCGGAAAACGGGAGGAAGUACAGCCGAGUGGGGAAGUGCUCGGGUCACUCUAGUUUCAUCACCCACCUGGACUGGUCAGUGGACUCCCAGUACCUGGUAUCAAAUUCAGGGGACUAUGAGAUACUGUAUUGGAUCCCGUCAGUGUGUAAACAGGUGGUCAGUGUGGAGACCACCAGAGAUAUCGAGUGGGCCACCUACACCUGCACUCUGGGCUUCCAUGUGUUUGGCUUGUGGCCCGACGGCUCAGAUGGCACUGACAUCAACGCUUCCUGCAGGACUAAUGAUAAGAGCCUCCUGGUCACUGGAGACGACUUCGGGAAGGUCCAUCUAUUCUCAUACCCCUGUUCACAGUUCAGGGCUCCCAGCCAUGUUUACGGCGGCCACAGCAGUCACGUCACCAACGUGACCUUCCUGUACGACGACAGCUACCUGGUGUCGACUGGUGGGAAGGACAUGAGCGUGAUGCAGUGGAGGAUAGUCUGAGGGAGCAAGACAGAAACAGAUACUGUCAGUUUCUUACUGCUGCCAGGGGGCCUGAAACCCAACUGAACUGAACCGAACUGCACUAAACUGAACCGAACCAAACUUAAAUUAACUCAGAUGCUAAAAACAAAAGUGGACCUGCCUGAACUGAAGUGAAUUGACAGAAGAGGAACCUGAAAUUUCUAUUCCUGAUCUGCUCUCAGAUCCCCGAAUGAGAUGAACUGUUGGAGGUGUAACGUGCGGUUGCUUGAAAUACAAAAAUCUUGAAUAUUUCUCCUUUUCUUUCUUCACGCUACAUGUAAAAAAAAACAAAUCACUCUCUCUCUCUCUCUCUCUCUCUCUCUCUCGCUCUCUUCCUCUCAUGUACUUUAGCCUACUCACCAAUGACAUGAGACAAAACAAAUCAAACGGAUCAAAUCCAACGAAACAGAACCAAAGGCUCUGACUUUCUGACUGCAUUUGUACAGUUUGGCUUUUGCUGUUCUUUUAUCGCGCACACUCUGGGCACAGAUAACGGACUGGGGAGGUUCCCGGGUGAAGAUCAUCGCGCUGGAGAGUAUUGGAACAAAAACUGUGUACGGAAAGAAAGAACAUAGUGAUUUUCUAAUUGUUAAACUUUCUUUUAUUUUGUAUUUAACAACUCAGGAAAGCACUAGUGAAGCAGGACUCUUCCCUUUGAUUAACACUGACAUAUCAGAACGAGCCCUAAACACACCUAAACAUGCAGUGAAGCUAAUUUUAAAUUGUUAAGCCAUGAUUGAAUUAUUUGCAUUGACUAAUUGUGUAUGAGAGCCACCUAUACAGCAAAGCAAAUGAUGAAUUUGGUGGACAUAGUAAUUGAAUUCAGAGAGAAGAAUACUGUAGAUGAAAAAUACCUGGAUUCAUUGUUAAGAUUUUAACCAUUUUCCACAACACUAUCUGUUUUUCUGUGCUUCCAGUUCUUUAAAACAAAUUCGCCUUUCCUAUUAUUUAUUGAUCAUGAGUCAAAUCCUUCACUGCCAAUUUAAAAUAUACCUAAAAUAAAUCCCUGCUCAAAUACACCAAGAGGCUUGAAACACACGAGCAAAAACGUGUUUGAAUAUGCAGUAUUUGAAACUGUUUCAGAGCUUUGAAAAGAGUUGUUGUGUCUUUUCUUUUCCCUUGACGUGCGAGGAAAAUGAAACUCAAGCUUGUAUUGGGGUUUUUCAGUGAUGUGAAGCCUUUUCAAAUCUGCACCCAGAUCAGUUUAGGAAGGGGGAAGGGUGAGACCAUUACACUGUAACUGUUUACGUCUGAUGUGCACCAUCAGUCACUGGCAAGAUAUUUAACUGAAAUGAACCUUUUGAGGUGUUUUUUUUUUUUACUAUAAUUCACUGCUUCAGCCUGAUGAACAGACUGCAGGUGUGUCCUACUGCACAACUGAACAAGCAAAUCAACCAUUUAGCACUUACUGUAGCUUUCCAUGAACCAAUGAUGUCCAAUGUUUUAACCUUCCAGACUCUCCGUACACCUGCUGUACUGUACGUAGCACAUCACACUCCCUCAUCUUAUGGUUAACAACAAACCAAUAUUACACACGUGCAUGAAUAAAUGAGAUUUCUUUGAUUGAGGUUCAGCAGAUUUUAGUAUGACCACAACUGCCACCGAUAUGAGGCGUAUUGGUGUUGUUUUGAUUGCCGGAGUUAUCAGGAAAUAAAAAUCGGUGAAAUCUUCUAACAGUCACCACCCUACAGGGUGAAUGUAACAUGAUUUGUCUUGACACUAAACACCUGAAGCUGCAGAAUACCAUUAAACAUUUAACAUAUGUCUGAAAGUAAAUGCAACAUGAAAUUCCCA